CCAUGAUAAUUUAAUAAAUCAGCUACGUAUGAACAACUACAUGUUCCAACAAGUUCUACAAAACCAUACUAAUGAAGUUUUCAUAGGUGGCUCCAUUCCAGGUCAUGUGGUAAUCAAUCGUGAUCGUGAGGCGGCUGAUGAUAAUUUAUUUUCUGAUUAUUUUUCAGUCACACCACGCUUUAAUGAUGCAAUAUUUCGCCGUCGUUAUCGAAUGUCCCGCAAUCUGUUUCUUCGUAUCGUUAAUGCAAUUAAAGAUCACGACAUGUACUUCAAACAACGCAUUGAUGCACUAGGUAGAUUUGGAUUAUCUACUUUGCAAAAAAAUACCGCUAUGUUUAGAAUGUUGGCAUACGGUUUGCCAGCGGAUGCCACUGACGAAUACGUGAAAAUUGGAGAGUCAACUACGAUUGAAAGUAUGAAGAGAUUUUGUCGUAGAGGUUUUGGUGAGCAAUAUUUGAGAUCACAAACACCUAACGAUGUUGCGAGGCUUCUACACAUUGGUGAGCAGCGUGGUUUCCCAGGAAUCGGUAUUGCGCCUCCCGCCCAUUAUGUUAUUCAAGGAAAAGAAUACGAUAUGAGUUAUUAUUCAGCUCCUGGUAUAUAUCCUAAAUGGUCUACAAUUGUUCAAACUAUUCGUGAUCCUCAUUCCCAACAAAAGAAAUAUUUCGCGAUGAAACAAGAAUCGUGCCGAAAAGAUGUUGAACGUGCAUUCGGAGUUUUGCAAUCACGUUUUGCAAUUAUUGCAGGACCGUCACGUUUUUGGAGAAAGGAAGUGCUAUAUGAUAUAAUGACUACAUGUAUUAUACUGCACAACAUGAUAAUUGAGGAUGAACGUGAUCUCAAUGCACCAAUUCAUGAUGUCGUAGAGGCUAAUUUAUAUGAAGGUGCAUCACGAAUGGUUGAUAAAAUAUAUUUUAAUUUGGGCAUUGAUAGUGAAGAUGAUGAAACACCUAGUUGUCAAGAUGUUAAAGAUAAACCUUCUGCGAUUGAUCUUCUAGAAUGGUGGAGCAAUCGCGGCCAGGGAUUUCCAAAACUUCAACCGGUUGCUCGAGAUGUGUUAGUUAUUCAAGCAUCUUCAGUAGCUUCGGAAGGUGCUUUUAGUGCAGCAAGAUUUCAAAUUGGAGAGCAUAGAUAUUCAUUAGCAGCAGAUAGCUUGGAGAUAUCUGUACUAUUUAGAGAUUGGAUUAAUGGCGAGAGAAGGAGUUAUGAUCGUCCAGCUUUACCGACCAAAUUUGAAAAUGAUGUUGAUGAAUUAAUGCAAGAUUUUAGUGACGACGGCAUUGAUGCAUUGGAGAAACUAUGUAAUCAACCAAUCCAGAUCAUGUUACAAGAGAAAUGUUAA